AGGAGGUCUCAGACAGCCUUCAGAAAACGCACUCUAGCCUCUCUCUCUCUCUCUCUCACUCUCUCUCUUUCUCUCUCUCUCUGUUAUAACUUAUAAGCAGCUUUCUAUAUACAUCCAAGAAGUGGAAGAGGACCUGAAGGAGGAGGGAGAAAAAGCCUUUUCUUUCCACAAUUGAGUUCUGGAAAAUUAGCAUUAGCAAAUAAGAUCUUCAGACUUGGAGUUGAUUAAUUAGAUGGUGUUGGUUAAAAGCUGUGAUCUGCAACAGCAGUACACAAGUACAGCAGCCUGAGAAAGGAUGCCAAACCAGCUAUGGUUUGCACUGCCAAUGAUUUGCAGCAGUGGAACGAUUUCCCGAAGGGCCUCAGAGUUCUUCUGCUUGAUGGAGACACCACUUCUGCUUCCCAGAUAAGAUCAAACCUUGAGGCAAUGGAUUAUAUUGUUACUGAAUUCUGCAAUGAAACCGAAGCAUUGUCAGCAUUUUCAAGCAACCCUGAAAGUUUCCAUGUUGCAAUUAUUGAGGUAAAGGUAAACAAUGGCCAUUGGGGUUUCCAAUUUCUUGAAACUGCUAAAGAGUUGCCUAUCAUUAUGACUUCAAACAUUCAUUGCCUGAGCACCAUGAUGAAGUGUAUAGCACUUGGUGCAGUUGAAUUCCUGCUUAAACCAGUCUCUGAGGACAAACUUAGGAAUGUUUGGCAGCAUGUGGUCCAUAAGGCAUUCAAUGCAGGAGGAAGUCCCAUCUCUGAAACGCUCAAGCCUGUCAAAGUGUCGGUAGUAUCCAUGUUGCAGCCCAAACAAGAAAAUGAAGAACAGAACUGUAAAAUCUCAAUAGAAACAGAAAACGUGAUACGGGUCCAUGAAAAUGACCAAGAACAAUCAGCAGGGAGUGAUAAGUACCCAGCUCCUUCAACGCCGCAGAUUAAACAAGGAUCACGAUUACUGGAUCAUGGAGAUUGCCAAUAUCAAAUUAACUGCAUGUCAGAGAAGGUGAGCGGGGAGAAUGGCAGUGAAUCUAAAUCAAUCGAAACUAUGUUUUGCAAUCCAAUUGAUGAAAGGAAUCUUCACACGAGAGAACCUCAUCAUAUGCCUAGGAAGACGGUGAUUAAAGAGGAAAAUGACUCACGUGAUGGGUCUAAGAGUGAGGUUAAUAUGUCCCAUCACCCGGAUAAUAUAGACAGUGGCAAUGAUAAUGGUGGUGCUGCUGAAAAUCUGAGUAAAGCAUCAGUUCCCAAUACUUCAUGCAAAUCUAAUCGGAAGAAGAUGAAGGUAGAUUGGACACCUGAACUGCAUAAGAAAUUCGUGAAGGCAGUAAAGCAAUUGGGUGUGGAUCAAGCCAUUCCUUCUCGAAUACUAGAUCUGAUGAAAACUGAAGGUUUGACGAGGCAUAAUGUAGCAAGCCAUCUCCAGAAAUAUCGCAUGCAUAAGAGACACAUUCUACCCAAGGAUGAAGACCAGAGAUUGCUGUGGCCGCAUCAUCCUCCAGGUGCUAGAGAUCCAACUCACCAAACGAGUUAUUAUCCUCGUAGUCACAGGCCUAUCAUGGCCUUCCCUCCACAUCAUUACAACAAUACCACUCUAUCAAUGCCACCGGCCUAUCCUAUGUGGGGAUCACAGCCACCUGCCGGCAGUCAUCCAGCCACCGUCCAGAUGUGGGGCCAACCUGGCUAUCCCCAUUCUCAUUGGCAACUGUCAGAUCAAAGUUGGCAGUACUGGAACCCUUAUCCAGGGAUGCAAGCUGAAGCAUGGGGUUGCCCAGUAAUGCCACCUGAGCAAGGUGGCUAUUCCUCUUAUCCUCAAAAUGCAUCAGGUUUUCGAAGUGCAGGAGGUCAUGCAGUUGAAAACGGCCAUAGGUACAGCAUGCCACGAAACUCUUUCAACAUUCAUCUGUCAGAAGAGGUGGUUGACAAGGUUAUGAAGGAGGCAAUAAGCAAGCCAUGGCUACCCCUCCCUUUAGGCCUCAAGCCUCCUUCCACCGAAGGUGUACUAGCUGAGCUAACAAGGCAAGGCAUCUGCAACAUUCCUCAGAUCAACGGCUCCCAUACACAGGGCUAGUGUUGUCCUCCUCCCUUCACUCAGCUAAUCAAGUCAAAGUCCAUAACUACGUGUACAAUUUAGGCACCAAGGUAUUCUUUUUCUGUCAAAUUUUAACAUGUUUUGGACACUUGAUUUCUGAGGCCGUGGGGUCAAGGAGAACGAGACUACAUCAUCGAUCGUCAUCCAAAGCGCUCCCUACGGAGGGAGACAGUAAGCUUUUGACAUUUGACAAUUGGGAUGGCCAUGAAUUAGACACGUUUCCUCGUCGUGGCGAAAUUAUUCAAAAUUGCUCAUUGUUAAUAGUUCCAAAAGACAAGGGCCUAGCUAGUGUGUUUGUUGCA